AUGGGCGAGAGGAGGCAGAAUGAAGAAGAGGAGGUCCCAGCCUUCUUCAAGAACCUGGGCUCAGGCAGCCCCAAGCCCCGGCAGAAAUUCUGUGGCAUGUUCUGCCCGGUGGAAGGCUCCUUGGAGAACAAGACCAUCGAUUUCGAUUCGCUCUCGGUGGGACGGGGAGCCAGCAGGAUCGUGGCCCAGCAGAGGGAUGUGGCCCACUUGGGCUCGGAUUCCCAGUCCCUCUCUUCCAGGCAGGGCAGGAAGGGAGGGGAGCCAUCUGUUGAAUUCGGGAGAAAGGUGGAGAUCAGGGCGGCUGCUGGCAAAGAGGCGCUGCAGAACCUCAAUGACAAGAGCGAUCGUCUUUUGAUCAAGGGUGGUAAAAUAGUUAAUGAUGACCAGUCUUUCUAUGCAGACAUUUACAUGGAAGAUGGGUUGAUAAAGCAAAUUGGAGAGAAUCUGAUUGUGCCAGGGGGAGUGAAAACCAUUGAAGCCCAUGGCCGGAUGGUGAUCCCUGGGGGAAUUGAUGUCCAUACCCGCUUCCAGAUGCCAGGCCAGGGAAUGAUCUCUGCGGAUGACUUCUUCCAUGGAACCAAGGCUGCCCUGGCUGGAGGCACCACGAUGCUCAUUGAUCACGUAGUUCCGGAACCAGGGACCAGCUUGAUCACGGCAUUUGACCAGUGGCGAGAAUGGGCGGAUAGCAAGUCUUGCUGCGAUUACUCUCUGCAUGUGGAUAUCACGGAGUGGCAUAAAGGGGUUCAGGAGGAGAUGGAAGCCCUGGUGAAAGACCACGGUGUGAAUUCCUUCCUGGUUUACAUGGCCUUCAAAGAUCACUUCCAGCUAACAGAUUCUCAGAUAUACGAGGUCCUGAGCGUAAUCCGUGAUAUAGGUGCCAUAGCUCAAGUUCAUGCUGAGAACGGUGACAUCAUUGCUGAGGAGCAGCAAAGGAUCCUGGACCUGGGAAUCACAGGCCCUGAAGGGCAUGUACUGAGUAGACCUGAAGAGGUGGAGGCCGAAGCAGUGAACCGGGCAAUAACCAUCGCCAACCAGACCAACUGCCCUCUGUACAUCACCAAGGUGAUGAGCAAAAGUGCCGCAGAUGUUAUUGCUCAGGCCAGGAAAAAGGGCACCGUGGUCUAUGGUGAGCCCAUCACAGCAAGCCUGGGGACCGAUGGGUCUCAUUACUGGAGUAAGAACUGGGUCAAGGCUGCAGCCUUUGUCACCUCCCCACCACUGAGCCCUGACCCAACCACUCCUGAUUUUCUCAACUCCCUGCUGGCUUGCGGAGACCUGCAGGUAACUGGCAGUGCCCACUGCACCUUCAACACUGCCCAGAAAGCUGUUGGAAAGGACAACUUUACCUUGAUCCCUGAAGGAACCAAUGGGACUGAAGAAAGAAUGUCCAUCAUCUGGGAUAAGGCUGUGGUGACUGGUAAAAUGGAUGAGAACCAGUUCGUAGCUGUGACCAGCACCAACGCUGCUAAGAUCUUCAACCUGUACCCACGGAAGGGCCGCAUCGCUGUGGGCUCGGACGCUGACCUUGUCAUCUGGGAUCCUGACAGUAUCAAAACAAUCUCUGCCAAGACUCAUAACAUAACUCUGGAGUACAAUAUCUUUGAAGGCAUGGAAUGCCGUGGGUCUCCAUUGGUGGUUAUCAGCCAGGGAAAGAUUGUGUUGGAGGAUGGGAACCUCCAUGCAACUGAGGGUUCUGGACGAUACAUCCCCAGGAAGCCAUUCCCUGACUUUGUUUACAAGCGCAUCAAGGCAAGGAGCAGGCUGGCUGAGCUGCGGGGCGUCCCCCGGGGCCUGUACGAUGGGCCCGUCUGCGAAGUAUCAGUGACACCGAAGACUGUCACACCAGCAUCCUCGGCUAAGACGUCUCCAGCCAAACAGCAGGCCCCACCUGUCAGGAACCUGCACCAGUCUGGAUUUAGCUUGUCUGGUGCACAGAUCGACGACAAUAUCCCCCGCCGCACUACUCAGCGCAUAGUGGCGCCGCCCGGUGGACGUGCCAACAUCACCAGCUUGGGUUAA